UUUAUCAGAGCCACCGAUCGCUUGACAACCCUAAUGGGAGGGCGAGGGCUCGCUCCUCGCAUUAAGUUAAUGUGUGCCAAAUUGUAAUUAAACUACGUAGCAGAUUUGUGGAGUGAUGGAAAAUCCCAAGCCAAACGGAAAAAGGGCCAGCGCCAGCAUUUAAUUGUCAUUUCAUUUGUUAAAAACCUAUUAAUUGUGCCCCGCAACUACCAAUAAAAGCCCAACCGCCAGUUAUUUUGAGCUCAAGAGUGAAGCAUUUCCGUAGACAUUUCCUGGAACCUGGUGAAAAUGAUGCUGAAUAAAUACGAGGGAUUCCAACGCACAAGUCAAAUGUUUCCCCAUCAACAGCACCAGCUGCCCCAGCUGCAGCAACAACCACAACAGUCGCUGACGCUGCCCCAAAGCCUUCCUCCUCUGCAGUAUGGAGUGGGAGGAUCCACACCUAUAGGGUCCACCGAGGCCACGGCUGAUCUGCUUAGAGCGGAGCGGGAGUCGAUACACUCCGGGCAGUUUAUGGUCUCGCACUUCGAGGCUGAGGAGGCGCAGGACGACCUCGAGGAUGACGGCGAGGUAAAGAUGCUUGACCCUGAGGACCCCGGACUAGGCAAGCCGGGCGAACCUGCCAACGAGUGCCGCGACGUGCAGCUAUACGUGCCCCAAACAGUAGCCCACUUCACAGCUAUGGACCAGGAAGGUGAUGAGAGCAGCAUGAGCAUGGUCGCAUCGCACCUCGAGAUCGAGACCUCCCUCACUAAACUCUUCAAGUGCAUGAAUCUAGCAUACAGUCAAAAACUGACCUCGCCCAAAUGGAAUCAUUUCAAAGGAGUGCGACUGCGUUGGAAGGACAAAAUUCGGCUGAACAAUGUCAUCUGGCGCUGCUGGCACAUGCAAUUCAUACAAAAGCGCAGAACCCCGGUGUGUCAAUUUGCGUCGCCGCUGGACGUUGACAUACAUAGUAAUCCUCAAACUGUCGUUCUUGAAGGCAAGUACUGGAAACGUCACUCAGCUGUAAUCAAAGCUGAGUACAGAAAAUGGCGCAGGAACUAUAGAUCGAAGGCUACGGGCUGUUUAACAUACGAUUCGAAAAGCGAGUUGGACUUCUUAGAAUGGUCGCCGUUGAACGAUAGGAACUUGAUGCCAGACGAUUGGACAACGGAUACCUUGUUCUCUGCUAUUAAUGUUCCAUUUCCUUUUCCUGAUUCCAGGGAAAUCGCACGCGGCGCUGGAAUCGCGGACUUUAUACAGCCCAGCCUAGGGCCCUUGCAACCGAAUUUAGAUGACAUCGACAUAACCUUUUCAGAUCUAAUUCCCACCACUCGCUUACCACCUGUCCCAGAAGAGGGAACCGAUGCUGAGAUGCUGAAGAACGACGAUUACUGCCUUUCAGCGAUCGUAGGGGCUCCUCAUACACUCUAUUGCAAUGACAGCAUAAUGGAUGUGGUAAACAGCAGUAACAGCGGCGCUGGAAAUGUGGAUGCAAGCAUGGUGGAACUCAACACGCCCAUUAACAAUAUGGCUUACAGUGAGGUGGAGCAACGGUUUUCCGUAGCACGACAGGUGCAGCAAUCCGCCAACGAUUCUCAGCUGCUCGGGGAUCCGAGCUCACAGUCCGGCAGGAUGCAUAGUGGCAAGCACUUUGGAGCUGUCGGCGCUAACGAGAACGGCAGCAACAGGUGCGUGAUAAACGGCCGCGUGGCCAAAAGCACCCAACGUCCAUUCCGACGGGAGCCGCACAACUACGACAAGGCCCAGCCAACGCUGCACCAGACGAACCUCUACCAGCAGAUGUUGGCCGAACAGCAAAAGAACCAGCAGCAGCAACACAUUGUCGGCGGAGUAAUGCUACAGCCUUCUUUCCAAACAGCCCAACAACAACAGCAGCAGCAACUGCUUACGCAGCAGCAACACUUUCCGACGCAGCAGACCUUCAAUAGCCAGAGUUUCAUGAACAAUUACACGGACAACUACCAGCAGCAGCAUCAGCAGCAACUUAACGUCAAAGUGGAACCUCUGCAUGCCGACGUUUUGUCAUUACUGAACGAUAGUGGAUACAACUCUAUUGGUUACAAGCCUUAUCCGCAGUUUAAGAAGUCCGCCUCGACGGGAACUUUUCUUAAUGUUCCCCGAAUGCCGCAGCAGCAGCAACAACAGAGUUACCUGCAGCAAGACCCCGCGCAGUUGCAACAAUCGCUGCCACUAGGUCUUAGUACUGAGCAGUUUUUGCAGCUUUCACGGCAGCAACAGAUUACAAACACACAACAACAACAGCAGCACCAGACCACAGUGGCUAGUUUACUGCAGCAGCAAAAUCAUCAUCAGCAGCAACAGCAACAGCAUCAACAAACUGCAGUUAGCACAGCCACUUGGGUUUCCCCAAACACCAUUUUGCCAAAAGAAAUCCAUCGUUCUAACAGCUUGCCACUGAAUGUGUCGCUAAAUAAGCUGCCUGACGGGCGGCACCUCAUCCAUGAGCAACCCUUUGCAGUGCCCAAGUAUCACGCCAAGGGCAAGUCACGGGUGCGCAGCAACUCUAUGCAUCAACAGCACUCAUCAGUGGUGGCUGCAGCUGGAGCGGGAAGCUCUCCAUUAAGCUCGCAUAGUUGUAGUAACCUGUUGGUCACGCAGCAAAUGCAGCAGGCAACAAGCGAUCCAAUGCUUAAUAGUACCCUGGCUCAGUUGCUAACUUCGAAUUCACGUCUCCAAACGGCAGUGGCGAACAGUUCGCCUUCGAAUCCAUCUUCAGCCAGUGCCAUAGUUACCACAAAUAACAGCAGCAGCGUGUCUGCGGCUCUUUACGCUAACGUGGCAACCCCGUUGUCGGUUCCGGUGCCAACGCAACAACACUCACCAAAGAAGUCCGCCUCAUUGCCUAUGGCUAUAAAUCCUGCAAUGCAUAGCCCCCCCGGAGGCAACAAAAUGCACAGUUUUGGGCCUUCGACGGCUAACCUUAACAGUAAUAGUUUAAGUCUGUCACCGGACUCGCCGUUCCACGAGUCGCAGGAUUCCCCACUCUCGCCCACGGCCAGCCUCAAAUACCAGCCGAGAGACACCCAGCGGCGGGCUGGCCACAUCCAUGCUGAGCAGAAGCGGCGAUACAACAUAAAGAAUGGGUUUGACACCCUGCACGCGCUUAUCCCACAGCUUCAGCAGAACCCAAACGCCAAGUUGAGCAAGGCGGCAAUGCUCCAAAAGGGAGCGGACCACAUAAAACAACUGCGACAGGAGCGCAAUGUGCUAAAGGAUAAGAUUGAGGCUCUGCGGAUGGAGCGUGACGAGCUAAACAAUUCGCUGACGCAUCUACACUCUAUUUUGCCUGCAAAUGGGGCGCCUGUAACGAGGCAGGGCACGGAACACGUUCGGCAGCUAUACGAGAUCUACGUGCGGUACAAUACAAUGAAUGAUUGGAAGUUUUGGAUUUUGGGUCUCAUUCUGGAACCUUUGCUUGCCUCUUACACUUCAACAGUUUCGAGUGCUAGUCUUGAUGAACUUCGACGGACUGCCUUUCUCUGGGUCGAUCAGCACUGUUCCCUUAUUGACUUGAGACCCGCUGUUACGAAUAAAUUAAAGUACCUAUCUAUGCAUACGGAUAUAGUGUCCGAGCCACCCAGCACAUUGCAAGAGGAGGUGGCCAAGGCCCUCCAGAACUCAAGUGGCCAGCAUCCUAACCUACAUGGCCCCUAACCGUUGAUGUUGUUGCCCGUGAUAUGAAUUUAUUUAAUUCAAUUCUUAUUUUAACAUUUAACUUCAAACAAAUUGUGCAGCACUAAUUGUACAAAUUGCAAAUUUCGAAAAAUUUUAUACAAGAGAUUGACAGCCGGAAUUAGAUAGAUACGCAGAGCAGCAAUUAGUGCCUAAAAUCUUUGAAUUAAGAGUAAAAUAAACUAACGAUUUUACAAGUUUUUGA